AUGCCGUCCGGCAACAAGAAACCAUUCGUCCCGCUCUUCGCGCCGACCUCGACUCGACCGCUGUCUCAUUACAAUGGCCCUGCAGCUCCCUAUUCGUUAAUUCGCGACCAAUUCUCUAUCACGACAUGGCUGAGCAUCGGCGCCGUACUUCAAGGUGGAUUAUUUCUGGUUGCUGGGAGACUCGCUCUCAUCCCGGCACUCGCACUCGUGCUUUUUCGCGCCCUCGACGCAUAUGCCGUUGUUACUGGAUGGAAAGCCAAUCCUUGGACCAAGGACACCGUCCUCCAACAUGUCUCGGCGCAGUUCCCCGACGAAGAAGGUCGCUUCGGGCCCGAGCCAGCAAACCAAGAUGUCGUCGUGCUCCUGAUUGGAACGCGGUCCAACAGCCCGCUUGGCCUCCUCUCCCCCGGCUUCAAAGAAUUGGGCGAAUACUUCAGUAGCAUGGUCAAGUCUUUGGAGGAGAAACCAGAAGAGUACGGUUUCCUCGGCAUGACCUCGUGGCUGAACUCCUCCGAUCGUGCCACGCAAAGCGAGCUCAUGAACGUCGCGUAUUUCAAGUCAGUCGAAAGCCUGUACGCUUUCACACAUGGUCCGGUGCACCGCGCGGGCGUCGAGUGGUGGGCAAAGACCGUCAAAGAGCACGACCACCUUGCCAUCUGGCAUGAGGUCUACCAUGCCCCCAAAGGCCAUUGGGAAAACAUCUACUACAACAGUCAUCAAAGCGGCAUCCUUUCCACGACGCACAAGAUUUACGAUGCCGCUUCGGGUUCGGAGAUGUGGACGAGCCCGGUUGUCGAUGCGGGUAAAGGAGUGUUGAAGACGAGCGCUGGCAGAAUGGGCCGGACGCAACACAAUGAUGAUUUGAUUGAAAGCGUGGCUGAGAAGUAUUAG